UGUGAAUGGUGUUUAAUAUUGGGUUCUACAUUGUAUAUUCUCGUCGUUUAGAAUAAAUGCACGCGGUACGAUAAUGUCGUUCGAGGUGGUUGAAAACGUCGAGUUCCCGCAGCCCGUGCCGCGCAACGGCACCGACGAAGACCUUCACACGUUCGGUGGCAUACUAACGGAUUUGAAACAUGUAUGGCACGCAAACGGGGCACGUUUAGAGAUCCGAAACGCAUCGCUUGGCAAGAAAGUCGCUGCCUGGACUUUCGGCGGCCCAGCGAGAGAUCCGGCCCUCAGAAUCGUCGCUGUCGACGAAAUCAAGCGGUACAACGGCAAGUUACCGUUUCUCCUGGUGGCUCUCCAUUGUCCCGAGAAUGGGGGGAUCCUAUGCGUAUUUCACGCGUUCGGUUCGAAAGUUGUUCGCGCCAUCACCAUUGGACAACAGAAACGAUGGUAAUCGCUGAUCGAGUCCCAGCUCUCCUUUUCUCGCAGAUAACUAGCGCGUACGUAAUCGACGCGGGCCGGGAGAAUACGCUUCUGCCGACCUCGAGCCCCCUGCGGUAUUUCGACGGUAUCGCGGUCGUCGGGACGCUCGGUGGUGACGUUUACCUAUUGGAUAUUUGCCGGCAAAUUUGCGAGGGCGCCUUGUACUCGGGCGAGACGAAAGCCGAGUCGAAUCCCGCGGGGAUGUUCAUAUUGCCCAAGAAUCGAUCGGGAUCGGUCAAAGAUUACUUGAAAGAGUCUCUGGCAGCCGGCGAUCACCUCGCUAUUAAUCUUAACGAGGUGCACACGUCCAAGGGGCACUUCGCCCUCAAGGGCGAAAAGGGCGAGGACAGGGUGCACGUCAACAAAUCGGAAACGGAAGUGAGCGCGACAUACUAUUCGCCCCAGAUUGCUUGUCUGGUGGUGGGCUACAAUUUCGGCGCCUUUCAACUAUGGGAUUUGGAGGUUAUGGGGCUCGUGUACACCUCACCGGUAUGCGAGGAACUCAUCCCGGUAACCGGGUUCGCCUUGCAGGAGCCGAGCGACGACCCGAAAGCCUACUGCUAUCUGUGGGUGUCGUACGGUCAAGGGGCGGCCUGCCGCGCCGGUUUCCCCUACGCCGUGAUGUACUCGCUGCACUAUGGCGCCAAGAGCGGCGUCGACGGCCACGCCCAUAUGUAUCAGAAUUUCCAACACUGCUCUCUGCGAUUCGAAAUCGAACUGGGCGGCGCUAGCGGCACGGAACUAAAACGGCACAUCAGGGGCGGCUCGUGCCUCGGCCUACAAACCGUCAGCAAACGUUUCGUGCACAGGAGCACGCACACCAUAUCUCUUUGUCUCGUAUCAUGGACAUUGUGGGAUGCAGGAGACAAAGCAGAGACCCAUGCGCUCAUCUUCGACCUCGACCAGUGGUACAAGGAGCAGAUGCCUUCGGCGCCCGAUUGGUCUCGUUGUUCCGUCUACGUCCUCGCUCGUCGUUGCGCAGAUUACCCUUUGCUCGACGUCAAACUGAAUGUCAAGUCGCUCGUUCAAUUCGUCGGCGUCCAAAAUUUGGAGGAGCAUUUUUUCCCCACAGCCCUCAGCUUUGAUCUGGUCGGUGUGGGGGUCGGGGGCGCGACUAAACUGCGCAGCAGGUGCGCACAGGCCGCGUUCGCCGACGAUUUGGUCGCCGACGCCCAUCUGAGCCUCGUCAGACCGCGGAACUACUACGAGAGGGCGCUCGCUCUGGGCCUAGCCCCAUUGUUCUGCGACGUCUCUGUCAGUAGUUCGAACGACACGGAAUCACAGCGGGAUGUUCUGCUGAGUGUCGCGCUCGAACAGAAAUUAGUCGGUUGGUUGUGCGCGUGCGCGACGAAACUGGCGAACGCGGCGUUCCACGCCAGCGGUUUAACAAUCGACGGCCUGAUGAGGUGGGCGUUUCGGCGCGCCGCUUCCCUCAAAGCGUCCUGCGAUGCGUACUUCACGUGUCUGUUCGACCAUUCGGGCACGCGACUCGACGACCACGCCCUCAUGAUCAUCAGUCACGCGGCUUGUCAGAUCGGCGACUUGGUCGCCCUCAACGAGCACGUAGCCGACCGUCUGCUCGGUUUCGUGGGCGAACGGGAGGCGAUCUUGGAGGGACGGCGCUGCCUGAAAAAUCUCGCCGUCUACUUCGACCUGGUCCUUUGGAUGGUUAACGUGGGACUCCUACCCGAAGGUCCCGCGACCCGCCAUCGAAUCCUGGAGUUAACGCGGUGGUACGACGAGAAAAGGGCGCAGAGACGUCAGCUAAGCGAUGGAACCGUCGAACUGUUUAUCGAUAAUCUCGUCGAUAAACAUUCGGAGACGGUGGGGGAACGAUGGCGAGAGGACGGCGGUACCGGAUCGUACCCACCACCAUCGCUGCAGUCCGUUUUGGGGGUUUACCUUGCUGACGGCAUCGAGCUCUGCUUCAAGCACAGCCUGGUCAUGUACGCGCUACUUGACGUCUCGGCGACCGCGGACUCCCGCGAUGCUACGCUCUUGUUCCGGUUUCCACAGAUAUUCGGACUCGACCAGAGCGUCGCCAAGAUAGUAGAGGCGUUUUGGCACUUGGACCACGACAAUUACCAAACGGCUGUGAAAUACAUUACGGCGCCGUGCGUUUCGUCCGACGAUCUACACCACUGGCACCACACGUUGAUGAUGAGGUCACUCCUGCUCCACGAGCAGCACGAACUCGCGUUGCUGUACUUUCGCGUAGCGAAGCCACCGGUAACGGACCACGUUGAUGUGGCGACCGUGCUCAGCUUGCUGAUUUCGAAGAACAUGGUCCACGAGGCGUUCGAGUUCGAGCGACGUCAUCGCGGCCGCGACGACGAUGACGCGCUCAUGAUGCACAUUUUUAACGAGUGCAACAAAAGGCAGUUGCUCCACAACGUGCUCUAUCGGUCUUUGAGCGUCGACGAGGAACGCGCGUUCCUCAAAUACGUAAACACAACAGCAGCGGGUCCACGAUGCGCAGACCUGCGCGUCUGCUACUACCUGCUGCGCUCGCGCUUCCUCGAGGCGUUCGACGCGUACGACACGUCCAAAAUGAAAAAAUCCGAGGCCGUAGGCUUGGUGGGACGUCGCCAAGCGAAUCCAAUGGAGGAUGUCGUCAAAAUGUUCAAGGACCAGUUGCCGCGCGUGAACCGCGACCUGGUGGACACCGCGCGCAGGGAGAACCUUUACCGCCAAGACGAUCGGCCGACGCCCAUGUCGGUGUUUGUGCACAAUCCGGCGGAGAGGGCGCGCUACAAAUCGAGCUUUAUACUGGCCGCUAUGUCGAAAGCGAAAUGGAUGUCCGACGAUGACGGCACCGGUACCGAAGGGACACCGUUUCUGCGCACUCCGAUCGCUGCGGCACGGAAAGCAGAACCGUCGACGCCGCUCGUCGAUACGCGCGUCAUCGACGAGGCGGAGCAGGACGUGGAGAUGGAAGCGAUACCGCCCAAGAGGUCCCGAUUGACCCCCAGGGCGUCGACCAGCACACCGGCGAAGACGCCCGCCGGACGCAUCUCUGUCCAUUCGCUACUGCGGAUGUCGGUCGUGCGGCGAAAAUCGACGGCCGACGGCGAUGACGUCGGGCACCGCGCCGAGACCGUGCCCCACGGUAUCUUAAAAGCGACAUCUACCGACGAUACGGCAAGGACGCCGCGGACGCCACUGGCCAGGACGCCGUUGAAAGGCCACGUCAAAUUCAACGACAUGCGUUAUCCGUCACCGGUCGCGGAGGCGGAGUUACAGCGCGAAGAGGCAGGGGUGAAGUUGAGGCGGGAAGAGGCGGAAGCGGAGUUGCGGCGGGAAGAGGCGGAAGCGGAAUUGAGGCGGGAAGAGGCGGAAGCGGAAUUGCGCCGGGAAAAGCCGAAAGCGACCGUUACAUCGCAGUCGCUCUCUACGAAGGACAUAACCGAUGUGCAGCGGCCGGUGGCCCAAUCACCGAAAGCGAGGAGGAGCUAUAAAAGAUCGUUCUCCGACAACGGCCCGGUACGUUCGAGCCCGAGACUGUCCGCGUCCUCGAGGAACGCGGAGCAGACUCCGAUACGAAAACCGAAUAGUCGCAAAUCGAUACUUACGCAACGGCCCUUCGACUUGUUCAACAGGGAACCUCCUGACGCCGCCGCGGAUGAUCUAUCGCGGCCUUCCGGUCGCAGAGAACAAAUCUCGAACGAGCCCGGAAACUUUUCAAAGAGCGGCGAGACAUCGAUUGACACCUCGCCUCUCGGUGCCACAUUUGCCGACAAGGACGGUUCCCUUCUACAGUGCUCGGGCAGCUUGGCCAAGGACGGCAACUCUGAGAAACCGGAAGUGGUCCAGAGGACGCCGGUCGCGAAAUCUCUUUUUCGCGCGGUCUUGGAGCGUAACACCUUCAAGCAGACCAGCUUGGCAUACUGCAGUUCCGCCGACACCACCACCGAGUCCGACGCGGACUAUGCUGAGACCGACGAGUCGCUACGCGAGUUGCUCGAGCAUUUCGGUGAGGGCGAAAAACUCACCAGCGCGUCUGUCGUUAAUGACGUCGCCCAAGAUUUGGACACACGCGACGACGAUAUGACGUCCGUGCAAGGGGAACUGAAAGGCGUAGCCGCCCACGAUAAGCCGUCUAGCGGCGACAAGGACGGCGACUCUGAGAAACCGGAAGUGGUCCAGAGGACGCCGGUCGCGAAAUCUCUGGUUCGCGCGGUCUUGGAGCGUAACACCUUCAAGCAGACCAGCUUGGCAUACUGCAGUUCCGCCGACACCACCACCGAGUCCGACUCGGACUAUGCUGAGACCGACGAGUCGCUACGCGAGUUGCUCGAGCAUUUCGGUGAAGGCCAAAAACUCACCAGCGCGUCUGGCGUUAAUGACGUCGCCCAAGAUUUGUACACACGCGACGACGAUAAGCCGUCUGGCUGCGAUGAUAAUCACGAUGCGAAGGUCGAGGAACAAGUGGCCGACGGCGGCGAGGACGUGCCCGACGACCACCGCAAGGCUUCAAAGGAAUCGGAGGGCGUGGCCGUUUACGAUGACGUGUCCAGCUGCGAUGGCGACGUCGACCGUGAUCCGGAGGAAGAAAUUCAAGACGCUGCUGGGGGAGUGGCGGUCGGCGAAGUACGACUCGACCACGACCAGACCUCUAAGGAAGAGAAUUCGGUAUAUGAAUAUGUCUACGACGACCUGUCUAGCUGCGACGACGUCCCUGAGUCGGAGCGCGCGUUUAUUGGCAGUUCUGUCAGUACUAUCCCGUCAUUAGUCGAUACGGACAGCUCGAUAGAGUCGGUCGAUAAUGACGAGCACAUGGACCGUCUGGUGGUUCAGGACGACGAAGACCAUGAAAACGGUAGCGAAGAAGCAAAAGAGCAAGGGUUCCGUUCGCUUCGGACUAAGAACGGGGAAGGUGACGAUGAAUCGCCCGAAGAACAUGCGAAAACACCCGAGGGUCCACCGGAACAGGAGGAGCAGCGUCUGUCGCCUUCAGGUCAAGGGAAGAAGGAAAAUAAGUCAUCCGACGGGUUUGAAGCAGAAGCUCAUGAAGAAUUGCCAGGAGGAUCGACGGAAGGUGGAGAACGGGAAUUGCACGAAGCGCAUGCGGUGGUGCAGGAGGAGAAGGAUGGACCGCGUCCAAGAAAAGGGAAGAACGACGAUAAGUCAAGCAAAGCGAAGUUGCCAAGGAGGAAAACCAAGUCUGAUAGAAGAGCAGGGGAAGAAAAAAGAAAAGAAGAAGAAAAAGCAUCAGACGCACUUGGAGCAGAAACUGAAGGGCACAAAGAUUCACCAUUGAAUCGCACGUUAACGUUGCGUCCAGUGAGGAGGAAAUAUUCGGGCGCCAUAAAUAGAACGCCAAAACUAAAGGUGGAGCAGGUGAGGAAAACAUACAACCGACGGCAAACGUCGGCGAGAAACGAGACGACGCACAUUAGUGAACGGUGUGGAGAACAUGAACCACACAAAGGACAGGCAUCGGAAGAGAAGGAUAGUUCGUCUUCGGUACAAGCGAAAGAGGAAGCAAAGUUGCGGUCUUUUAAGGGCUCCAAGGAAGAGAAAGCACCGGACGCAUUAGGAGUUGAAGUCGAAGGGCGGGAAGAUUCACUAUCGGACCGCACCUUACCGUUGGGCCCAGCGAGACGAGCAUGCAACCGACAGAAGAAGAUGGAGGGAGACGAGGACACGAGCGUGACUGAAACGCAAACCGCCAGCCAAGACCCUGUCAUCAUCUCUCAGUUGACGGAAGAUAGAACGUUCACACCAAAAUGUGGGAAAAAGAGGGGGCGGAGCGCGAGCGUGGAGCAACAAGCGGCGGCGAUGCCGAUGCCGUCACGCCUUCGUUCUCUGCGAAGCAAAAGCGUCGACACAAACGUAGGCUACGCCUCAACGUCGGCGGAGACAUUGACGCCCAUAGAAGAGGGGGGCGGCGGUUACGCGACCACCAGAAGACUGACCAGGAGUCAGGCGGAGAUGUUUAAGGCCAGAGACGAGGCAAGCGGCGUGACCGCUUUCGACGUGGACAUUACCGGGGGGCGGGGCGGUGCGCGAGCGGCGUCCGAAAGCCGCUUCAUUGCUAGUUCCGCGACCAAGAUGAAAACGAGACUGAGGUCUGCUUCCGUCGACGCCGAACCAACCCCCCGUACGCCGAAAAGGAGCAGAAAGGAGGUGGAAAAUGAGACGGCGUCGAUCAUGACGCGCAGCCGCACUAGGUCGGUGUCGUCGACGCGCUCCGACACGUCGCAGAAGUCGACCGCCUCGUCGUCGUCGAGGACGGUGAGGAGUCGACGGAAGCCGUCGGCACUGUCCGGGAUACGGGAAGAAGAAACCAAGUAGAAGAAAACGGGGAGGAAAUUAUUGUUUGUUGUUAUCGGAUUUUUCGGAACAAAAUUGUAUUAAGUAUUUAAUCAUCACGGAUAUUUUAAAUAAAACAUAAGAAAAAACAGCUUCAGGGCGUCCUGUUA